UCACCCUAGGGGUAGGGGGCAGGCAGGAGAUUUCCCCGAAAGGGCCAAGAAUUUACCAGGCAAAUGUCCACCCAGAACCCCUCCCCCUCACACACACCCUGCUCCCAAUUUCAUAUUUGUGUUUAAAGACAAUCUCCUCAUUUGGGGGGUCUGACACCUGGGUUGUCAGGACUGAACAGGUGCUGGUCUGAUUUCAGAGCAGGAUUCAGUGUCCAACCAGAGACACUGCGAGCUGCAAGGAGUGGAAUUGGGGUUUUGUUCGGGUUCAGUGGCAGUCGGUGUGUUCGUUUCCAGUUCAAGACACCCCAAAAUAAUUCUGUCACCAGGCAGUGCCCGAGAAGGGGGAGGGGGUUGUUUGGGAGCAAGUCCUAUGGCUUGCUUCAGUGGGGAACUGAAUUUGGAGCAUGGGGCCUGCCUCAGGUGGGACAACUGGAGGGAGGUGCUGCCCCAAGGGGUGAGGACAGGUGAGAGGAGGCCUGCCGAAGGGGAAUAAAAAUUGAGCAGCCUUUUUCCUUGGGCUUGAAGAGUUAAUGUUAACUUCUGGGACCAGGGAGCCCCCCAUUUCUUCUCUCCCACCUCCCUCCCUGCUCCUGUGGGCUGCCCCCUUCCCUUCUCCUUCUACUGGGACAGGCCAUUCCAGUAGCGGUCACAUGUCUGGGUGUUGUUUUGUUGUCUUGUUUUAUAACGAGUGAGAUCAGAGUAGGUUUUAUUUUAUUUUGUCAACUAUGGAGUUGAAAAAUUGCUGAAGCUUUAUUUUAACUAGUAGACUUUUUUUUUUCCCGAGUUCGACUCCGAUUCUGGUUGACUGAGUAAGAGGAAAAAUGCUGGUUUAAGUCUGGUUCCAGUUCCAUUAAUAAAUACCGGUUCAAAGUGGUUCUCUGGUUCUGUUCUGGUGUGAGUCCUGGUGGGCAAAUGAAAUCCCCAGCUGCUGAAUUGUGCCUGGGGUCUGCAGGGGCAGCACAGCGAGGCCCAGUCAUGGGGGGUGCCUCUGGUUACUGCUAAGGCAGAGGAGGCUGGUGCCUGUCUCUCUCUGCUCAUGAUAUUAGCACCCGGGAGUUAGCUGAGCUUCCUGGGUCAGAAUCUGCUGCCUCAUCCCUUGUGAUCCUGGAGCACAGACUGAGCAGCUGCUGCUCCCCCAGGGGGUCUGUGCUGGGGAAAGACCUCAUUAAAGUCCUCUCUGUGCCCAGCCAAGAUGGGGACUUCCCCUGGUGGCUGCAACUAGCCCCCUAGGGCAACCCUGGGCUUUUCCCACACCAACUCCUGAGCCGGAGCCUGCAGGGGAUGGGGAGAGACCCUGGGGGGAAAGUGCUGGGGCAGGACAGGAAAGUGACUCCGCACAAAGGGCUCCUUUCAGGGACUUGCAGGUGAGUUUGUAGUGGAGGGGGAGGGGCUCCCCAUGAGUCUGCGGGUCCCCGAGCUGCUGUUCUCAGUGACACAGCCAGGCUCACCCUGGAGAGCAAACGCCCAUGGGAACGGGACAGUCCCCAGUUCUCCCAGGCAGAGGAGGCAGGAACGGAGACAGGAAGGGGAAUGGUGAGACCGAAAGGAGCAGCAGAAGCAAGAAGUGGGGAGGGAGGUUCCCAGCUCCCAGCCCUGUGCGGAUCCCUUCCCUGCAUCCCCCUGGGCAGACUGACUCUCCUGGGAACAAGGUGAGGAGCUGACACAGGGACACACUGCCCUCGGGGCCAAUGUCAGGGGGAAUCCCCCAAAGUGGCUCCUUUGAGUCUGCUCUUUUCUAGCAUUUGUCUUAGAUACUCUGUCCCUGGGGGGGUUUAAAAGUGUCUCAGGGGGCUCAGUGCUGGUGGGAGAGGCCAUGUCUGUGUUGGAAUAAAGUGACUGACGGUUUUCCCAGCAUGGCAGAGUCCAGAGCGUCUGUCUGCAGGGAGAGAGCCUGGGGGGAAUCGUGGUGUGACAUGGACUCCAGCCCCUUCUGAAAUCUCCCCCAUCAUCCUUCUCACCCUGACAGGCUGAGGAAUCGCAUCCACGUUUCACUGGGGACAGGGCAGAGAAAUGGCUGUGAUGGAGCCAGCUCAGAUGCCGGUGACCUUUGAGGAGGUGGCUGUGUAUUUCACCCAGGGGCAGGGGGCUCUGCUGGACCCCGCUCAGAGAGCCCUCUACAGGGAGGUUAUGCAGGAGAACUACGAGAUGGUGACUUCGCUGGGAUUUCCCAUUCCAAAACCUGACCUGAUCGCCCAGCUGGAACAAGGGGAAGAGCCGUGGGUCACGGGUGUCCAGGCCGCUGAAGAAAGGAAGAGUCCGAGAGGCACCUGCACAGGUGAUAGGACAGUGAGUGAGAACAAGGAGGACAAUCAGCAGCAGGAAGGUCCUGGGAAAGUGAAACCGCAGGGGACAUUUUUGAGAAGAGCUGAAGGGAAUUUUUCCCAGUGCUUGGAACAGGGAAAUACCUGGGGAGAUCAACACAGAUUAGAGAUGCAGCUGGGAAACUAUCCAGGGAAGAAACUGGAUGAAUCCAUUCAAGGUGGUGGAGGAUGCAAAGAUCCCAAGGAAACCACAGUCCAGCAGACAAACCACAAUGAAGAGAAACCCUACAAAUGCCUUGACUGUGGGAAAAGAUUCCGUUUUAGUGCAUUCCUUAUUAGACAUCGGAGAACCCACACAGGAGAGAAGCCCCAUAAAUGCCUGGACUGUGGGAAAAGUUUUGGUGAGAAGUCAAACUUUAUUACGCACCAGAGACUACACACAGGAGAGAGACCCUAUAAAUGCCUUGAGUGUGGAAAAAGAUUUAGUCAGAGAUCACAGCUUAUGGCACAUCACAGAAUCCACACAGGAGAGAAGCCCUGUAAAUGCUUAGACUGUGGGAAAAGCUUCAGUAGGAAGCCAUAUUUAAUUAUACACCAGAGACUGCACACAGGAGAGAGACCCUAUAAAUGCCUCAAGUGUGGGAAAGGUUUUAUCGAAAGUUCAUCCCUUACUAAACAUGGAAGAAUCCACACAGGAGAGAGACUCUUUCAAUGCCAUGAGUGUGGGAAAGAUUUCAUUCGUUGCUCACACCUUAUUAAGCAUCAGAGAAUCCACACAGGUGACAAACCCUAUAAAUGCCUCGAUUGUGGGAAAAGUUUCACUGACAAAACAAAACUUACUAGUCAUGAGAGAAUCCACACAGAAGAGAGACCACAUAAAUGCUUGGACUGUGGUAAAAGCUUCAUUGAGAAGUCACUACUUAUUAUACACCAGAGAGUGCACACAGGAGAGACACCCUUUAAAUGCCUUGAGUGUGGGAAAAGUUUUAGUCAGCGGUCACUCCGUAUGGCACAUCAGAGACUGCACACGAGAGAGACACCCUAUAGAUGCCUUGAGUGUGGAAAAAGUUUUAGCAAAAGUUCAUACCUUACUAAACAUGGGAGAAUCCACACAGGAGAAAAACCCUAUAAAUGCUUUGAGUGUGGAAAAAGUUUUAGCCAAAGUUCAUACCUUACUAAACAUGGGAGAAUUCACACAGGAGAAAAACCCUAUAAAUGCCUUGAGUGUGGGAAAAGUUUCCGUUUGCAAUCAGGCCUUAGUACACAUCAGAAAACCCACACAGGAGAGAAACCCCAUAAAUGCCUGGACUGUGGGAAAACUUUCAGUCAGCGCUCACACCUUACUCAACAUGGGAGAAUCCACACGGGAGAGAAACCCCAUAAAUGCCUGGACUGUGGGAAAACUUUCGUCCAGCGCUCACACCUUAUUAAACAUGGGAGAAUCCACAUGGGAGAGAGACCUUUUAAAUGCCUUGAGUGUGGGAAAAGUUUCAGUAAGAGCUCAGCCCUUACCAAACAUCAGAGAAUCCACAAUGAUGUAAGAGACCCUAGAAAUAGCUUGACUGUAGGAAAAGAUUCAAGUUGACUUCCCACAUCAGUGAUCCACACAACAGAGAGACCUUGAACGUCGGGGAAAGUUCCUUUUGGUGCUCCUGGAGUAUCAGGCAUCAGCAAAUCCACACAGGGAAGAAACCUCUGAGAUAUUAUCAGUGUGGAAAAUGCUCCAAGUGGAGCUAACACCACAUUGGACAUGGGAGUCUCCUCCGCACAGCAGGGAAAUUCUCUCAGGGCCCUGACUAGGGCUGGCCAUGGUGACAAACCCAUUUCCUCGUUCCCUCAGACAUCAGGGGCGUUUGGCUCCCAAGGAACCAGCUACCCAUCGCUGGGGUGAGGAUCCAGCAUCAGCCGAGCUUCAGCUGGUCAGUGACCCUCUGGUUCUGCCUGGUCUAAGCAAACCCCAGGCAGAGGAGGAGAAGCCCCCAUGAGCUCCCCUUCCUGCUGCAGCCCUGGCUGCUGAGCUGAUGGGCCAGAGGUGGGGGAAGGGAGAGAGAAACUCCUCCAGCCGCUCCCUCUGCGUGGCUGAAGUUCCCCCCUCUCUCUUCCCUUCCCAGCCAGGAUCCCCCUGGCAUGGAGAUGAGGAGAAGGACACUUGGGCCAUGCCCCACCUUCACUCUAGACCCCUGUCCCCACCCCCCAUCUUCCACCAGGCCCUGGGCUGGGCUUCCCUACUGACCUGGGGCUGUUCCCUGCAGGGGGAGUGUCCCUGGGGGUUGGUAACUCCUCCCCUCCCCAAAUUCCCCAUAGUGUGGUGAAUAAAGCAGGUUUAGCCUGUUCAGAAGAAAAUGGGUAAAUUUCUUCUCCAGAUUCUGAGUUUUAAGGUUCUCUGGGAUUUCACUUUAUGAAUGGGAAAAUGGUUUGUAGCCCACCCUGCAUUGUGGGUUUUUCUCUCUUUCCCAAAGUCUGUUCUGUCACAUAUUUUAAUAUUAGAUUAGUUGAGAGAAUGGAGCUCAGAUGUAUUGAGGACUUCAAAAGACAAAUGAUCAUUUGCCAAAAUAGCCCUUUCUGAUUUUCUUUUCACAUUUCCUGAGCCUGUGUCAUGAGAUUUUCUUGUUCUUUGAACAAUGACAAUUAUUAGUAUCUAUCAAUAAAAACACUGAAGGCGAGUGCUGGAUACGCACUCCGAGAGUCAGAGACUGAAAUGGGGAAGGAAGUGAUUGCCUGAUCCCUGCAAAGAUGUGAGAUACAAUUAGGAUGGGGAGAGGGUGGGUGGGUGGCCAGGGCCUUGAAAGGACACUCUUUGCUCUUGUGAGCCAGAGAGCUGAGGCUGAGAACUGUGAACUCACUGCACAUGUCCCAGAGAGAGAGGAAAUGUCCUACAAGUGCUGGGUGAAGUCAUCCUUGAACUCUAAAGGGCUACUAAUGAUGCCCCAAGAGGACUGAUGGGGAGAGGGGUCACCGUCUCCCCAUUGCUGAGAGGAGGAGGGAAGGAAAAUGCCUCUCUCAUGGAUUGUGAGUAUUUUUAUACUAGCUUUAACUUGUUCCUCUUUCCCUGGGGCCCAUGUGUGGCUGGAGCACCAGUGUGCUGGGCUGGGGCUGAAAUGCACGGUGCCAAGCUGGGCGUUGGAUGGUGGUGGUGGGAAUUUAGCUUUUAUUUCUUGCUUUGAAAAGAAUAAAGUAGAAUUUAGUUUCUCA